UAUUUCUAUGUCCGUGGUGGUGCCGAACCUGGUGACUGUCACGUGGAGUACAAGAGUUAAUGUUUUUUAGAAUACACCACAGUUUAAACCUCCUUCCCAUAUUUGAAUUGUACAAACAUAAUCGGCAAAAAUAAUUAUGCGAGCUUGAAUAUCGGUGGAUCCCCCUACAAGGAACAUAUGUAACAAAGUGCACUGCAUAUUCUUGCACGUGGUUAUCAAGUUUUCUACAUGCUCGGAAAAACACUACUAAAUUCAAACGCAAUCUUUACGAUCCCGUUUGAAUAAGACUUAGGUCACAGAAAUAAACAAAAGAACAUACAAAACCGUUGAGGCUUAGAAGGUACUGCAUUACGUGGAUGGUAUCGAUUAUACGUAAUUUGAAACUUAUAAAUAAUAGAAGAUGGAAAUCCAGAAAGCAUAUUAUUCAUUACAAAAAAGGAUGGCUUCUGCAUUGACAGAUGAAGAUCACUUUAUCGAAUUCCAAAGACUACAUACAGAUGAAGAACGUGUAAAAUUUACUCUUGAUCUUAUGUUAAAAUACAAUGUACUUCCUAAUGUGUGUCCUGCUACAAAAAACGCAAAUGAAUCUGAGAAAUUAAGGACAUUAGGUAACAACAUAUUUGUUUCCAAAUCAUUGACAAAUACAUCUUACGAACAAGCUUUGGAACUUUACACCAAAAGUAUAGCUUACGCUCCUUAUCCAUCCGAACAACUUACUUUGGCAUAUGCCAACAGAUCUGCUGCCUUGUUUAAAUUAAAGAAAUACGAAGAAUGCAUUCGCGACAUAGAUAGAGCAUUGGCAUUAAAUUACCCAGAUUAUUUGAAAGCUAAGAUUUACAUAAGAAAAAUCGAGUGUUUGGAGGCUCUAGAGCAUCCUAAUGCAGACAAUGGUAUCAAAGAAGCACAGCAAUGGUUAGAUAAAAUGCCUUUAAAUUGCGAUUACUGUAAGAAAUUAAAGGAGACGCUUAUUUCUAAAGACAAAAUGCCAAAAUUGUGUAGCUCUAAAAGACAAACAGAUGCGAAACGUAAGACAAAAUAUACUUUUCCUGAAAUAAAGACUCCCAACACUGAAAUACCUUGUGCUUCGGAUGCAAUAAGUAUAAAGUACAACAAACAAUAUGGUAGACAUCUUGUGGCUACACGCAAAAUAGAUCCUGGUGAAGUAAUUGCCAUAGAAAAAGCAUACUCUACACUCUAUAGUCUUGAUAAUAUGUACACACAUUGUUCCUACUGUUUAAUACCAUGUUGGUCCAAUAUACCUUGUAACUACUGUCCUUACAGUAUGUAUUGCUCAGAAGAAUGUAAGACUUUGGAUUGGGAGAAAUAUCAUGACAUGGAAUGCUCUGUAAUUCCUUUUAUGUUUAAGCUGGAUUUUAGUACAACGGAAUUAUUUAGCGUAAGAAUCGCUGUACAGGCUGUAAAAGAAAGUCCGAGUAUACGAGAAUUAAGACAAGAAUUGAGAGAAGUUGACACUUGUAAUGGUAAUUAACUAUAUCCUCGUACAAAGGGUUUCUCUAAGAAGGGUACUUUUGAGAAUGAUAAAUACAGAAGUUUAUAUAGUCUCGAGACAAAUAGCGAAAAAUAUUCGACCGACUAUAUGUUUAGCAGAUGUCUUGGUACUAGUUUCAU